CUUUGCUGAUAAACACGUGAGGAAAACUAAGCGAAACCCCUCUUAUCAAACCCAAAGUUAAGAGGAAAAUGAAAAAGAAAAGCAAAGGAACAAAAGUUCAAGGAAAGGUAAGACAGAUCAAGAAAACAGAUACCGACCAGGAGGCUGAAUCAAUCGCAGCUGUUGAUGAAAACUCGGAAGAAGAUCAAACGAGGAAGGAAAGCACUCAGAUAAUUGGAGAAAAUGCCACCGAAACCGAGUUUAAGGACGAUGACGAUCGUCUUAUUGCUGUAAUAGACAAGAACCCAGUGAAACCUUCAAGCUGCGUGAAUGAUGAUCAAGAUGAUGAUGAAGAUGCCCCCGUGGAUGUAUCUUGGAAAGCUGCCAAGGAGAGUGCGCUUCGCGAACGAACAUUGGAGAGAGAGAUCGUUCUCGAUACUAAGCGAAAAGAAAAACAGAUGAGAAUUGAGAGAGAUGAAAAGCUACGCGAACAAAAGGAAAGGAAGCGAGCAAGAGAAUAUUCAAGAUUACCAAUGGAAAUUCUGCAGAAGGUUGCCCGGCAACAAGAGUCAGAGGAAACCCUUAAAUCACAAACAAUUGAGAGUAGAUGUCAUGUGACCUUUGACAAUUCAAGUGAAGAUGAGCAGGAUGAGAGAGAAGAACAAAAAGAGGAACAAGGAGCAGUACAGGAAGAAACAGCUGGAAUCAAAGUACUUGUCUUGCCAAGGGAGACAAAGAAACCAAAAAAAAUCCAGCAAUCUGCUAAUUUAUUUUUACAGGAACGUCUGUACGGUGACAGAGUUCAGCGCAUUUCAGCUUCCAGAAGCUCAGAUCUGAUGAAAAAAUCUCGCAACACCUUAGUUCCAGCACGGAAUUUUUCAAAGAAAUCUUGGUAACACAGUAAAUACAUCACCAUUCAAACAUGUAGCAGUGACACCAGCUGUGCAAGUUACAAAUACUGCAGAGAGGAGUAGAGUAUCUUGAAGAAACUAGAAAUUAGAUUCUACUUACUAAGACUCCUUGGCUGUAAUCAACAGACUUGAACUGGAAUUUGAACAAUAAAUUUUGCAGAAAUUUAGGUAGUCUAUGUAGGGAUUUUGUGGAAGAAUGGCCAAAAAAAAAUAAAGAUCGAAAGAGCGGUCUAAUUGA